AUGUCUGCAAAAUGGAUUUCUUUUCUUCUAAUAGUACCGCUGAUGUGUUACUUUAGCUCUGGACAUGGUGGGAAAGUAUUGGUGUUGCCUGUGGAUUAUAGCCACUGGAUCAAUGUCAAGACAAUGCUGGAUGAACUUGUCCAGAGAGGCCAUGAGGUGACCGUCCUGCUACCAGCUGCCUCAAUUUUUAUUGAUCCCAACAAAUCGCCUACUAUUAAAUUUGAGAUUUAUGCUACAUCUUUGAGUAAGAGUGAUCUGGAAGAUCUUUCCCAAAGGUUUCUCCACCAAGUUAUAUAUGGAAUUUCACAAGAACCAUUUUGGAUAUAUUAUUCCAAACUGCAAAGUCUCUUCAGGAUGUAUUCUGAUGCUGUGGAACAACUGUGCAAAGAUCUAGUUUUGAACAAGGAACUUAUGACAAAACUACGAAAGUCAAGGUUCGAUGUCAUUCUUGCAGAUGCCAUGGUUCCCUGUGGAGAGCUGCUGGCUGAGCUACUAAAGCUCCCUUUUGUGUACACUCUCCGCUUCUUACCUGGCUACACUUAUGAGAAGUACAGUGGGGGGCUUCCAGUCCCUCCUUCCUAUGUGCCUUUAGUCCUUUCUGAACUAACUGAUCAAAUGACUUUCAUGGAGAGAGUAAAAAACAUGAUGUUUCUGCUUUAUUCUGACUUUGGGUUUGAAAUAUUCACCGUGGAGAGAUGGGAUCAGUUUUACAGUGAAGUUCUAGGGAGACCUACCACAUUAUCUGAAACAAUGGGAAAAGCUGACAUCUGGCUCAUUCGAACCUAUUGGGAUAUUGAAUUCCCUCGUCCACUCUUACCAAACUUUGAAUUUGUGGGAGGACUCCACUGCAAACCUGCCAAACCUCUGCCUAAGGAAAUGGAAGACUUUGUCCAGAGCUCUGGAGAGGAUGGUGUUGUAGUGUUUUCUCUGGGGUCAAUGGUCAGUAACAUGACAGAAGAGAGGGCCAAUGUGAUUGCAUCAGCACUAGCACAGAUUCCACAAAAGGUUGUAUGGAAAUUUCAUGGCAAGAAACCAGAUACCUUAGGAUCCAACACUGUCUUGUACAAAUGGAUUCCCCAGAAUGACCUUCUUGGUCAUCCAAAAACGAAGGCUUUCAUAACCCAUGGUGGAACCAAUGGCGUCUAUGAGGCAAUAUAUCACGGGAUUCCCAUGGUGGGCAUGCCUCUGUUUGGGGAUCAACCUGAUAACAUUGUUCACAUGGUGGCCAAAGGAGCAGCUGUUAGAGUGAACUUCAACACAAUGACAAAGUCAGACCUUCUCAAUGCCUUGGAUGCAGUUAUUUACGACCCUUUCUAUAAAGAGAAUGCAAUGAGGUUAUCAAGAAUUCACCAUGAUCAGCCAGUGAAGCCUCUGGAUCGAGCUGUCUUCUGGGUGGAGUUUGUCAUGCGCCACAAAGGAGCCAAACACCUUCGCCCAGCUGUCCAUGACCUCAACUGGUUCCAGUACCACUCUCUGGAUGUGAUUGGCUUCCUGCUGGCCUGUGUGGCAACUGUCAUCUUCAUCUUCAUGAGGUGCUGCCUUUUUUGUUGCCAGAAGUUUCCUAAAAGUGGAAGAAAGAAGAAAAGGGAGUGA